UAAGUAUCGAAAAGCUUCGACUUUUUUGCGAUUUAGCACGGGUAUCUGUAUUUGCAAAACAUAGCAUCUAAAUAUUUAAAAAUAAGAGCAAUAAUUCGUUGUUUUCAGUUGUAUUUGAUUAAGUUUUUGCAAGAAGUAAAAUAUGUAUAACUGUCUUAAACUAUCUGAUUCAGUUGUAAUAUGCCCUUAUAACAAAAAUCAUUUAAUUUCAAAAUCUCGUCUUCAAAGGCAUAUUGUUAAAUGUGAAAAAAAUUAUCCUGAACAUUAUAAAGUUAUGUGUCCAUAUAAUGCAACUCAUCGCUUGUUCAAAAAUGAGAUAACCGAACAUGUUGUUACGUGCCCUACACGUAAUGUAUUGGAAUCAGAAAUGCAUUCAGAACCAAGAAGACACGGUGCCAUUAGCGUUUCAUUAAAUUCAGAAAUCUCAAGUACAGUAGAUUGCGCAGAAAACUGGGAUUUAGAAAGAGAUGAUCAUUUGAGAAUUUUACACGAUGACAAAUAUUCUUCAGUUGACAGUAUAGAAGCACACGAACUUGUUGAUUCAGAUUCAAGGGAUAACAUUGAGAAAAAAGGUUUAAGGGCUCCUCGUGGUUUUUCUGAAGCUAUGUUGAGAGAAGCAAAUGAAGAGUCUUGUGUUGAGGAUUUGGAAUCGAUAGGUAGCUCGUUGGGAGUUGGAAGAGGAAAAAAUGCUUUGAAAAGUGGUCAGUUAAAAUUAGUUGGAUUAGGUAGAGGAAAGCCGUUGGAUGAGUUUUAGAUUUAAACAUUUAUUGGUUCACCUUCAUAACUGUUGUUUAUCACAUUGAAAAAAGAAAGAAACGGAUGUUUAUUUACAUAGUACACAAUAUGUAAACUUUAUGUAGUUGCAUAAAUACUUUUAUUUAA